AUGGAACGAGGCAAGAGAGUGCAGUUCUUAGUGACAUUUUCUGUGUCACUAGCAACCCUGACGAUGGGAGUGUCGUCAGCAUGGCCCACCAUUGUGAUACCGCUCUUUCACAAAAACGCUACCGACAUCAGAGUGACAGACGUGGCUCGGGUGUUCCGGGUGGUUCCGGGGUCGCGGAAGAUUGCAUCCACGUGUUCCCAUGUCCCCGGCCGAUGUGGGAGUGUGUGCCACUCCCCCGAUCCAGUGGAUCCCUAUAAAGGAUUUUUCCCACGGAACAAAAAAAGGUGGCUCGGCCUCCUAACCCGAGACUUGAGUGACAAGUUCGGGCGUAGGGCUGUCGUGCUAUCGAGUGCUGCUCCAUUCGCCUUUGGAACGUUGUUCGUGAUACUGGCGUUUAGGGGAUGGAUGCUUUAUAUAACGAAGUUCCUGUGGGGUUUUGGAACUGGCAUGCUGUCAACCGUGAUCACAAUGUACUUAGUCGAGAUAUCAUACAAGGAGCUACGUGCAACGUUGUCCGCCGUUACAAGGUUCAUGUUCAACUUCGGCAGUCUGCUGGUUAUGUGCGUAGGGCCCUUCCUGCCUUACGAGGUCCUCAAUUACUCGCUGCUAACCCUGCCCCUGGUGUACUUCGCCGCCUGUUGGUGGAUACCGGAAUCACCUUACUACCACCUCAAGGAAGGACGGAUCGACAUCGCCAGGAAGGAACUCUCCAAGUUGAGAAACAUAGACGCGGACGCUUUAGAAGACGAAUUGGGAACGAUGAGAAACGCCACUGGUCUAAAAGUGGCGCAGAUUCUAACGGGCGGGAUGGCGAUUCAGCAGUACCUCAUUGUGAUCGUAGAAGAGAGCGGGUUCAAGAUGGCGGAGGCAACAAUUUCCAUUGUCUAUGGUGCUGUAAUGUUUGCUGUCGCUCUCCUCUCUUCGGUGCUGGUUGACAGGGUGGGCCGUCGUCCACUCUUGAUCCACUCCUUCUUGGGCACCGGCGUUUCCUUCGCCGCCGUCGGCACCUACUUCCUCCUUCUGGAAGUGAUCCGCGUAGACCACGAGGUGCUCAGCCCAUACGGUGCCGUGACGUUCGUCUCCAUCAUUAUGUCCACGAUAUUCUCCAAUCUGGGUUUCAAUUCGGUCGCGGGCGUGGUGACCGCGGAGAUAUUCCCAAUGAACGUGAAGGCAGUGGCUAUGACUUCGUUGAACGUGCUCGGCGGGCUGCUUGGGUUCACCGUCGCCAGGGGUUACCAACUGGUGAAGGACUCCCUCGGCCUGAGCGGUGUGUUUUUCCUGUUCGCGGCCGUGACGCUCUGCGGUGCGGCGUUUACGCACCUCUGCGUGCCAGAGACAAGGGGCAAGAGCCUAGUCGAGAUACAGGUUAUGCUGCAGGCGCCGCCUAUUGUGACGGCACAGUGCCAAACGGACGGAGCGACGAAUCGGAUUUGGAAGGGGAUGUCGAGUUGGCGGAAC